AGACUAUAGCCGGGCAUCUUCAUCAGGACCAUCAGUUGGGCGAACGCCUCAGUCAGCGACUCAUCGUUCAAUUUUUUGGGCUAACUUAACAUUUUUUUGUUGGCUGUCACAUCAGCAGCGUCUCUAUACGAAACCGUGGAUCCCGCGUGUGCGUGUGUGUGGUCAGCGCAAUCAUCGCGUGUGCGUGGAUGCAGCCCAUCCAUCACUGCGUUUCGCGGUGGCGAAAUUCAAUUGCAAUCAAUAUACACCGCGAAUAGACUGUUGGACUAUAAAACAUUUCGAACCAAAUAAAUUAAAAAAUAAAAAGAAGAGGAUUUUGCAGUUGACAUUCUACCAGUAUCGUCGGGCUUCAUCACAAGCCGGAAUCAUUAACCGUCAUAGGGUACAGCUGGAAAAGCAAAUUCUCCUUUCAUCAUCAUCAGGGAAGACAAACAUUUUGACAAGAAUAGAAAUUGACAUCAAAGAAAGAUGGCACGAGGCUCUCCCCACUGGCAUUUUUCUGAUUUCUGCAGUUGGAAUAACCCGAGCAUCGCACGCCACAUCGGCUAACCAGAUCCAGGUGGAAUCACACGAGGAUUAUCAUAGACCGUUAAUCGUUUGCUGUGUCUGCCUGACGUCGGACGAUAAUAAACACGGGCCCUUCACUUAAUUCAGCGUCAUGACUUCGGAUAGCGACUGGUUGGAUCAGACUUCCGACAUGACGGAAGACGCAGGAAGUGGCGCUGAUAAAGCUCUGUUGGACGAUAUCGUGGGCUUGGAGGAGCUAAUGGCCCUCAACAUCACCAACGAGAACGAAUUGGACUGUUUGUUUAACUUCUUACGCCAACCCUAUCCACCGGAAGGCUUUGAAACUGUCACCGCUUUCUGCAACAGCACCUGGGACGGCCUCAGUUGCUGGCCCACAACGCUGGCCGGCUCCACAUCCGUUUUGCCGUGCGUAGAUGAGCUGAACGGCAUCAAAUACGACACGUCACAUAAUGCGACGAGGGUGUGCCAGCCGAACGGGACGUGGGCGAAUUACAGCAACUACCGGUCGUGCGUCCCGUUGUCGACCGAUUUCGGAGGUGCAACUCCCGAAUACGGCGUCGGCAUCAGCGAGGACACGACCACCAUCUACUUCACUGGUUACACCGUCUCCAUCGUGGCCCUCACGCUCGCCAUCUGGAUCUUUAUUCACUUCAAAGACCUCCGCUGCCUGCGCAACACAAUCCAUACACAUUUACUCAUCACGUACAUCAUGGCCGAUCUUCUAUGGAUCGUCACGGCUACUUUGCAGCUGUACCGUGGCGAGACCAACAAAGGAUCGUGCAUCAUCGUCAUUUUCCUGCACUACUUCCAUCUGACCAAUUUUUUUUGGAUGUUUGUCGAAGGUUUUUACCUCUACAUGCUCGUCGUGGAGACGUUCUCUGCCGACAAGAUCCGGUUGCGCAUCUACGCCCUUAUCGGCUGGGGCAUACCGCUACCUGUCGUCAUCGUUUGGGCCGUCGUCAAAGCCAACUGGUUCACCUACACGUCCACCGAAGGCCACAAGCUGGACCUGGAAUCGUUCUUGGCCAGCUGUCCAUGGAUGGCGGCCAACAGCUACGACUGGAUCUACAUGACGCCGGCUAUCAUCGUUCUCUUCGUCAACAUUCUCUUCCUUGUCAAGAUAAUGUGGGUUUUGAUAACGAAACUGCGCUCCGCUAAUUCAGUCGAAACUCAACAAUACCGUAAAGGAAGCAAGGCCCUUUUGGUGCUGAUUCCGCUCUUAGGACUCACCUACGUCCUGGUCAUCGCCGGACCGACCGAAGGUCUCAUCGCCAUUUACUUCUCGCACAUUCGAGCUGUUCUUCUUUCCACACAGGGGUUCCUGGUGACCCUGUUCUUCUGCUUCCUCAACACGGAGGUACGCAACACAUUGAGGCAUCACUGGACCAGGUGGAGAACCACCAGUCGCUGGCUGGAACAUUCCCAGAACCACAGCAGCCGAAGUAAUAGGUGUGGCGCGGCGUUAAACAGCAAACGCAACUCCAAGGAUGGAUCUCGAGCUCCAUCCGAGAGCACCAGGCUGUACAGCAACUUUCCGGAUCGGAAUCACGGCAAGCGUGAUUCGUCGUUCAGCGAAGUGACGACGGUUGCGUCAUUCGCUCCCAGUUCAGCCAUCCAUUUGAAUAACUUGGGGCCGUUCAACACAAACGCAGGUCAUCAGGCAGCAAAACCGCACGGAGCGUCGACUGUUUUGCUGACCGACAACGGCGGCCUGGCCAGCACAGUAACAACCGUCAACCGAUACGCCGAUGAAUGCGGUGACAGCUGCGAUACUAACCUGCUCGUCAAGGAAAACCAGGUCUGAACGCAUUUUUGGGACAACAACGCAGAAGAUAAAAAUAGCACAGAUCCAUAAAAGAAAAGAAAAGAGGAAACUUGACGCGACUUUCUGUCCUAAAACAAUCAAUUUCUUCGGAAAUCCUCGUAAGAAAACAAAACAAAUUCAAAAAAAAAGAAAAAAGAAAAAAAAAGGAAAAAAAACGAAAAUGGACGCGGACCACGGACGGACCACAAACUGGGUAAUGAUGAACGCGCGGCUAGUGACCAACGCGAUGGAAAGAAAACACUCGUAAGUCUGUAGGGUAUAUACAUAUACAAGAGAAAGGGGAUACAAGGAACCAAACAAUCAUCACACUUUUACAUACACACACAUUUAUUCACGCAGCGGACGGCGGCUUGUUAUUGUUUUCCUUCCUACACUUCACUCUCUCUCUCCUUUAUGGCAACACGUUCCCUUAGUUUUCAAUAUUAUUUUUUUUUGUUUUCUUCUUCUUCUUCUUUUCUCUCGUUCGUAUUUUUUACUGAUGCGAUCUAUUUACAUUCGUCGAGUUUGCGCAAGGCUCAAUUGUAUGUGUACGUUGCCAAUGUGGUGUCUGUGUGUACUCAUUCUCUCGCGCUCCCGUACUUUAUAAGCCACAUCGCGUUUGCUAUGAUUGUUGAGUGCUAGCUGCUUUUGUAUAUCUAGUGCGGCACUCUCUCUUCUAUGUAGACACAGUCUAAGAAAACAACAACAAAAAAAAGAGAGACGCUUCUAUUUCAUCCGCCACCAUCCGUCAAAUCGAAUCUUGCGCGGAUGGAAUGUUUAUGCUGCCUUUUCUCGCCAUUUUCACAUCAAUCCGUCAGCAGCGUUUUUUUUUUAAGUAUCAGAUAGAGCUCGUGUGUUCCUCUCCACUUAGAUUUUUCGUUUGAUUGACUCGUACACAACUAUACGUACCAAUACUGAUGUAUAUAGUCAUAUGCCUGCCUAGACAUUGGGAUAUAAUCGGCUUCCGUUGUCGCUGCUUUUCGCUCUUCCGUUGAAGCGUAGUUCCAUUGUGCCGCUCUAUUCAGUACGAUGAAUAUAAUAUGUCGCGCGUGCAGCAUUAAUAUCGAUCUAAUCGUCGUUACUUGUCAUCUUGUGGUUGUGUUGUAUUUCAAAGUAGGAAAGAAAGAAAAAAAAAUGAGAGGGGAGAUAUUACGCUUGACCUCCACGCUCAUGUUUUGUGAAUUUCAUCAAAGGUUAUUAUUAAACAUCUCUUAGAUCCUUACGCAGCAGUUUCACUAUGGUAGACACGUGUGCUGGAUUUCGUUUCAAUUCGAGCCACACACCAAAAAAAAAAAUGUCUUUUAUUUCUUUUUUUUUUUUUAUUAUUAUUUUUUUGAUAUUCCAAAUCAGCAACUCUUUCAACCGCACGUGUCCGUUCCAAAAGAGGAAAAUGACGAGCCCAUGUUUACUACUAUUUUCUAUUCUUCCGCGUUUGGUUACUUUCCAUGCCCAAUCAAACGUGUUUACAAACCGAACUGUGUGCAUAUACGGUCGAUCUAGUGGCCCGAGAGUAAUCUGUAAGCCUGCGAGAGAGCUCACAGAAUUGUGCUGAUCCAUUGCCCGUAGGUGAAUAUAAAUGCGAGAUGGGACAAAAGACGAGGAACCGAUCCGUCACUGACGUAGCAACCCAUUAACCAAAGUGAAGGGCACUGCAUAUUUGAGGACAGCCUAUCUGUCUUGUUUGUCGACAGCUGCUACCGAGCCGCUACGCAUCAAUUCCAGACUGGAGGUGUUGUGUUGUGUAUAUUGACUGUACGCGUUAAUAGAAACCCACAUAAUAACUGUUGAUUGCUAACUUUGUGGCACACCGUCGAACAGAAUCAGAGUAUUUCAUUAUAUUCCUUGUCCCCCAACAGCCAGUAAGCCAGACAGAUGAAUCUUCUGUACCUGUGAUAUACAACAACCGCGUAAAAAAACAGCCAAAUUCAUUCAAAUAAACCCAACGUACCUUUUAUCGAACUAUGUAGCAUUUUUCUGUGUCCUUUCAUAUCGAAUCAAUCAACAACAGAGACUCACCUUCUCAUAUUUACAGCAGACUCUCUUUCCUCUCUCGUCUUGUGUAUUGUUACCGUACGUACAGCAACUUGUUCUGGUCCUUUUUGGUCUUGAUUAAUCACCAUCGUGUUUUAUAACGUGUACUGCUGUGUGUAUCGUGUUGAUGGCACUGACCGAACGAGCCAGUCCACCUGCUAUAUUUUCUUUUGUUUUGUUUUUUGUCAUUGGCCAAAAGAAUAUUAUGUAUCCACAUUUUUCAGUUGUCGUCUCCAGUUUUCAACUCUUAGUCUUGCGUAUAUAUUUUAACCCACCGGACGAUUCGUUAUUUCUCGUGAUCAUACACACACACACACCCACCAAAAGUCCGUCGUUCGCACACUGGCACAAUCACACGCCCACCUAUACACACACACACACACACAUACACACACAUACAAAUAUGUACACGCUGUCAAGAAUACUUGGGGGGGUUCUCUCUUUCUCUUGUUGAACAUUGAUGAUGAAUUAUGUGUAACCAACUAUUAUACACAUACGAUGUGCCACGCGUUCCGCACCUAUAUCUAUGUACCUUUUUUUUAUUACUAUUUUGUUUUCCCCCCGAGCUGUCGCUUGCCGGGGGAAGGGAACGUGCUCCUCCAAGAUCUAUACACACACACCAACUGCUUCGGAACUCAAUAUAAAUGUCUAAUGCUCUAGAGUCUGUUGUAUCUAUACCUAUCUAUCGUUGGAUGUCUCAACGCACACCAUUAAACACGUUGGCAACAUCGAUGUUAACGACGUCGACCGUCUACGGCGUAGGCUGGGAAACGAUCGUGGCGUCGUGCAAAAAUUGCAUGUCGCUAUUGCCGUCACUGCUAUGUACCACACCGUGUAUAAUUAUUCAUCCGUUCAUUUCGUUUAUUGUGUCAUGUUUGUUCGUUCGUUUUCGUUUCGUUCGUUCGCGUCUUGUUGUCACAAUGUCGUCAUCGCACACAUAUAUACGCACAGGCACGUGCAGAUGCUUCGCUAUACAUAUACAAUUAUACAUAACUAUAUACAUUUACAUAUGCAGUAUAUAUGGAAAUAUACCUAUUCAUGAUGUGACUGUAAAA